AUAAGAAUGUCUUGUAGUUCCUCAGAUAUUCUCAUGAACAUUUCACUUUUCUGAACCACACUUCUUUUGAACUUUCCUGUUUCUAUCGCCAAACGAGUUUCAAAUCUAAAGCUUCACAAUGGCAGCUUACCAUGUUUCUCAUGAGUCAAAUCAACCACAAGCCCCGUCGCCUCUCUACCCUCCGGUAAUGGAGGCUCCACCACCACCGUAUCCACCAACCAGCACGAGGUUCCAAGACUACUACAGUGGCUACGGUCAGCCACAUCCACCGCCCCUGCGUCCAUAUAGAGAUGAAUACUAUGGAGAAGGAGAGUAUAUGGGUUGCUUUCCUUUUCUCAGAACCUGUUUGACAACUCUAUGUUGUUGCUGGUUUGUGGAACGAUGUUGCCUUCCAAGUCGUUACUAGUUCUUUUAUAUGAGUUACUUUUGAUCCACUAUAUGUGUUGUGUAAUGUGCAAAUCAGAAAUCUUGUUUAUGAAACAUUGACUUCUGAUUAUUUUCUUAUAGAAAGGUUUUGAAUAGUUAUCGCAUG